AGCUUCCCCUUGUCUCUGUACACACACAUUUUUUUUUUCGAUAUGUCAACUUUUAGUUUUCGAAACGCGAUCGCAAAACCACUAUCACAGUUGACACAUAUUGAGAAGCGUGCUAUUCUUAGUGCACUGUCGACACCUAAAAUAGCUACAGAGCAGCAGUUCAGUAUUCCUAUACCAAAACUUUUAGCUCACGUUGAACAAAAGCCUAACGUUACUGCCUAUUGUCAAGAACUUGCUGGCAAGUUUGAGCCUAAUGCCUACAUAGAAAAAGCAACGGCUUCAGGGCCCUUUUUGCACUUUGAUGUACGUCCUUUAGAGUACAUCAAAUCCACUUUGCAACAAGUGUAUAAAGAGAAAGAAAAGUAUGGCCAUCAUCAACAAGAGAAUCCAAAGACAGUUGUGAUUGAUUAUAGUUCACCUAAUAUCGCCAAACCUUUUCAUGCAGGACAUUUGCGUAGUACCAUUUUAGGCAAUUUCAUUAAACGCAUUCAUCAAGUCAAUGGUUACAAGACAAUAGGCAUUAAUUAUUUGGGUGACUGGGGAAAGCAAUAUGGACUAUUAGCUGUUGGAUUUGAUCUGUUUGGUGAUUCACAAAAGCUUCUUCAGGAUCCUAUUCACCACCUUUAUGAAGUCUAUGUAAAAGUAAACCAAUUAGCAAAGGAAAACCCCAAGAUUGAUCAACAAGCCAACUUGUACUUUAAGAAAAUGGAAGAAGGCGAUGAGACAGCAUUAGGUCAAUGGAAACGAUUCCGUGAACUCAGUAUUGAUUCAUACAAGCAGAUUUAUCAACGACUCAACAUUGAAUUUGAUUAUUAUUCAGGCGAAUCACAAACAGAACCAUUUAUACCCCAAGCCUAUGAUUUACUUGCAAAACACGAUUUAAUAGAGCAGACAGAAGAUGGUGCCUGGAUUGUCAAUCUAGAACAAUACAAUCUAGGUAAACCUAUUGUACGACGAGCAGAUGGAACCAGUCUGUACAUAACGCGUGACCUAGCAAGUAUCUUAUUACGCCGACAUUUGUUUGGUUCGUUUGAGAAGGCUGUGUAUGUUGUGGGGACCGAACAAGAGCUGUACCUAAAGCAACUAUUCAAAAUUUGCGAGUUGUUAGAAUACCCUAUUCAGAUGCAUCAUGCUAAUUUUGGCCGUGUUAUGGGUAUGUCAACACGUAAAGGCACUGUUGUAUUUCUUCAAGAUAUUCUAGACACAGCAAAAGAACAUAUGCUGGAUAAUGUACGUUCAAGCAAUCCUUCCAUGGACAGCGAAACACAAGAACAAAUAGCAGAUAAGUUGGGUGCUUCUGCUGUCAUUGUACAAGAUAUGGUGGCCAAGCGUGUGAAGAAUUAUCAGUUUUCUUGGGACAGAAUGACAACCGCAAAAGGGUACACAGGUGUUUAUCUUCAGUACACCUUUGCACGCAUGUGUGGAAUUCAAUAUAAAGCCAAUGUACCUAUUUGUGCUGAUGCUGACUUAUCUUUGCUUAAGGAAAAAGAAGCAUUUGAGCUGGCCUUGACUAUAUCACAGCUGCCAGAUAUCACACAAUCUGCUUGUCAAGCAAUGGAUCCUUGUAUUCUUGUGCAAUAUUUGUUUAGAUUAGCCCAUGUGACAGGUCAAGCCAAUACUAAACUGAGAGUCAAAGGCUCGGAUGCAAGCACAGCAGAAGCUAGAAUGCUCUUGUUUUGGGCUGCAAAGACCACUUUGGCAAAUGGCCUUGAUAUGUUGGGCAUUGAUCCUCUUCAUCGCGUGUAACAACGUCACAAAAAAUUAAAAUAAACCCUUUUUUUCUUCUUUUUUUUUUUGGGUAAUCAUGAACGAAAAGAGAAAGAGAGAAGACUCUGUCGAGGAAGAACAAGAGCCCAAACGAC